AUGCCACCUCCCGGGCCACGCUUACCCCCCGACAUAUUCGUUGACGAAGAGAUCUCACCAGUAUACGAUUCCAAGUACUUCUACCCAGUGAGACCUGGAGAUGUACUCGCCGAUCGUUACCAAACCUUGAUCAAAGUUGGUUGGGGCGUGUCUUCAACAGUGUGGCUCGCACAUGAUUUGCAAGGACAUAUCGACACGCUCGAGAACAUCGUGGCGUUGAAAAUUGCCAAUAAUAAUGCGAGCUCCGCUAGUCAUGAGCGCGAUGUUGAAGAGCAUAUUUCCACAGCAGACCCAUCACAUCGCGGUCGCUCACAUAUCCGAACAUUACUAGACUCCUUCGAAAUUAGAGGCCCAGAAGGUUCUCAUUGGUGUCUUGUGUAUCCGCCUAUGAGGGAGCCACUGUCGAUGUAUCAGAGGCGCUUUGAAGGCAGAAAGAUGCCACUGCCUCUCAUCAAAACACACAUUCGUACUCUUCUUACGGGGCUUGACUAUCUGCACAAAGAAUGCAGGACAGUUCAUACAGAUCUAAAACUUGAGAACAUUAUGGUGUCAUUCGAGGAUCCAACCGUGCUUGCUGAUUUCAUAGAUUCUCAGCUUGAAACACCAAUGGCUUUCAAGAUUGAUUCAACGGGACGACCAGUGUACCAGUCCCAUAAUAACUUCGGGCCGCUCAAAAGCCCGAGAAGUAUACCCCAGCUUGUCGACUUUGGCUUGGCAACCAGACUGGAAGAAGACGACGACUGGGGCGUUUGGCCUAUUCAGCCAGAUCACUAUCGGGCGCCAGAGGUGAUUUUGGGUAACGGGUGGCAAAUGUCCGUGGAUAUUUGGAAUCUUGGUGUUCUAUUGUGGGAUAUGAUCGAAGGAAAAGAGCUAUUUCGGCAUAUUCAUGAUCAAGAUGGUCGCUACGAUGCUAAACUACACAUCGCUGAAAUGAUCGCCUUACUCGGCCCACCCCCUCCAGAAAUCAUACAAAGGUAUCAAUGCAUGCGAGAGUACUCGUGGCCGGAACAUGUCAGACGAGAAGACGGCAGAGUAUGCGAGACUGUGGAGGAGUACUUCUGUGGGCCAUUCUUUGACAGUAAUGGUAUUACUGUGUUUCCGGUCUCGAACGAAUUAUUCUCAGACUCACGAAAUAUCUUAGGUUGCUUCCUCUACGAGGAUCUUAUCCCCGAUCGCAAACUAGACGCCACAGCCUCCUUCCUUGGGGAAGAGGAGAGGGGAGCGUUUCUGGAUUUGGCCAAGGGAAUGCUUGUCUGA